AUGGAAUCAAAAAACAAGUGCCUGCAAAUCAAAGAGGCCUUUCAGCAGGCCCAGAAGCCUCACCAGAACCACGCGAAGCUUGUUGCGGGUUUGAAGGGCACCUACGAUCAGUUGGAAGACAAGGAAGAUUUUCAUGAAAAAUUCAUUCAUUUCCUUAAGUAUGCCAUGAUAAUCUACAGGCGGGAACCAGCAGUGGAGCAAGUGAUCGAUUUUGUGGUUACAUUUGUUACUUCAUUUUAUCAAACGGAGAAAGAGGAUGCUGGUGAGGAGGCAGAAGAUAAUUCACUUCUGAACUAUGUGUUUAACUUUCUGCUUCAGUCUCACAAAGCCAACAGCCAUGCCGUUCGGUUUAGAACAUGUCAGCUUGUUAACAAGAUUUUGGGAAGUAUGCCAGAGAAUGCCCAGAUUGAUGAUGACUUAUUUGAUAAAAUUAAUGAAGCUAUGAUGAUUAGACUUAAAGAUAAAUUUUCAAAUGUGAGAAUCCAAGCUGUCCUGGCCCUGUCAAGACUUCAGGAUCCUAAGGAUGCAAGCUGUCCUGUUGUUAACAUUUACACCACUUUACUUCAGAAUGAUUCCAACUCGGAAGUGAGGCGUGCAGUGCUGUCAUGCAUUGCUCCAUCAGCAAGAACGCUGCCAACAAUCAUCGGCCGCACUGUGGAUGUAAAGGAAGCUGUCAGGAAGCUGGCGUAUGAGGUUUUGGCAGAAAAAGUUCACAUGAGAGCUCUGUCAAUAGCACAGAGAGUAAAGUUGUUGCAACGAGGACUCAAUGACAGAUCUGGUGCUGUUCAGGAGGUAGUGAAAAAGAAACUGCUUCAAGCCUGGUUACAAUUUACUGAAGGGGAUGUUUUGGAAUUGCUUCAUCGACUGGAUGUGGAAAACUGCCCAGAAGUGGGUACCCCACUGCUAAAUGCUGUGUUCUCAUUAUCUCCACUUCAUGAACUUGUUCAGAACUGCAAAAAUCUUGACAACAGGAAGUUAAUUCCAUUGGAAGAUUUAACAGUUGAGAAUGUGUUCCAUUGGAAAUGCCUUUGUCAGUAUCUAAAAUCAAAGGAUGAAGACUUACUGGAACAGGUGUUGCCAGAACCACUUAUAUAUGCAGAUUAUUUAUUAAGUUACCUUCAAAACAUGCCAGUUCUUACUGAAGAACAAAAAGAAGACUUCAAUUGUUUUGAAGACCUGAUGACAAAAGAAUUUAUUGGCCAGCAACUGAUUCUUAUCAUAGAUUGCAUGGAUACCACAGAAGAGGGAGGAAGACAGCAUCUGGUGGAUACUUUACAAAAGGCUCUCAUUCUACCUGCAACUUCAACAGCCCUGAUAUCUCUGCUUGUGGAGAGAUUACUCAGGAUCAUUACAGGUGAUGACAGAAGGAUUCAAAUUACUGCAGAAAUUAUCUCAGAAGUUCAUGAGCCAGUGCUGACAGUCGCGCAGCCUGUUGAUGCCGCUGAAGCAAGGAAGCAGGAGAUUAAGUUGGCUGAAAUAAAAGUGAAACUUUUUGAAGCAAAAGCAGCUUUGGAAGAAUGCGUUGCUUUGCAGGAUUUCAAUAAAGCAUCAGUAUUGAAAGAGGAAAUAACUGAGUUGGAACGCAGGAAAAAUGAUCUGAUCAAAGAAGCAGAACAACCUGAAAUCAAAGAAAUCCAUGUGGAGAAGAACGAUCCUGAAACACUGUUGAAGUGUCUGACAAUAUGUUAUGAGCUUCUGAAGAUCAUGUCUCUUUCCAAAGGAAUUGAUCCAACCAUUAAAGAAAUGGUUGACUCUCUGAUACUUCCUGCCAUAACCAGUGUCCACCCAGCUGUGAGAAAUAUGGCAGUUCUGUGUCUGGGUUGCUGUGCCCUUCAGAACAAAGAAUUUGCCCGGAAACAGCUCGGGCUGCUGUUACAGGUUUUACAGGUAGAUAACAUGCAGGUAAAGCUCAGUGCUCUAAAGGCAAUCUUUGAUCAACUACUACUGUUUGGGAUUGAGCCAUUUAAAACCAGAAGAGGCAGUUACUCUGAAAGUGAAGAUAUACUUCUUGGAACUGAAAAUUCUAAGGAAGAAAGUGAAAAAAAAGAGGAAGAAGAAAACACUGCUACAGUAAACAGCCUCCUGCAGCUUCUUUCUACUUUCUUAGACAGUGAAUUUUCAGAACUCAGGACAGUAGCUGCAGAAGGCAUAGCCAAACUGAUGUUCUCUGGGAGGCUGGUUAGUGCCAAGCUGCUUUCUCGUCUGGUGUUGUUGUGGUACAGUCCCAUGACUGAAGAGGAUGCUCGGCUUAGAAACUGCCUAGGAGUGUUCUUCCCUUUAUUUGCUUAUGCAACUAGGUCUAACCAGGAAUGCUUUGAAGAAGCUUAUCUUCCAACUCUGCAAACACUGUUAAAUGCUCCUGCAACUUCACCUUUGGCUGAGAUAGAUAUCAGUAAUGUUUCUGAACUGCUAGUGGACCUGACCAGACCAAGUGGACUGAAACCUCAGGCUGAAAAGUCGCAGGACUAUCAGGAGUUGACAGUGCAUGACAGUUUAGCAAUGAAAAUCUGCAAUGCAAUCUUGACGGACCCAACCGCGCCAGACGUUCGUAUCUACGCGAAAGCUUUAAACUCCCUGGAGCUCAGCAGCUCUUCCACAGAGAGUCUGCUGGUUCUGCUCAAUGAGAUACUAGAGAAAGUGAAGGAUAAACUCUGUCAAAGAGCUAUUGAGAAGAUGAAGAUGAACUUGACCAAAGGUCCUAAUGUGGGCAAAGAGCACUCUGAGAGGACUGAGGAGCCAGGCCUCUCUGGAAGAACGCAGGAACCUAACAUCACGUUAUCUGAAAACGCUCUUCAGAACGAAGGAGACAACAGUGAAAAUGCUCCUCGUACUCCAGUAAAUGAAGCUAAGAGUAAAGCAACUGCAGUAUCAAAAUCCACCAGAAAUAAAACUGGCAAAGGACCACGGAGAGGAACAGAAGCCAAGUCUGUGAGCAGAAGGAAAACUGGCACCUCUGCAAAAUGCAGUGGGGAUAGCGCUGAUGAAAUGCCAGCGUCGGUGCCAGCGGCAAGCUCCAGGCCUUCACGGCGAGCAAAAACAAUAGCACUGGAGAAGACAAGGCUGAAUCUUUCCAAACUUCUGAACAGCGAAGCCGAUGAAUGA